AUGCAAUGCAGCGUCCCCGCCUCACUCCUGCAGGCGGUUAAACUUGUAAUUCUUGUUCCAUUGGUACUUUUAGCUGUGGUAGCGACAGCGUCAAAUGAGAAUCCUUCGAGUUCGACGGAAACUGCCGUUGAAUUAGAUCAAGCAGGAGCUCCCCUUCAGCAAUUGGAGGGACCGGAGGCAUAUGAAGAAGCUCGCCACCCCGUUAUUCGCAAGGGUCACAUGAUGAUUUUAGCACUCGCAGUAAUACAAAUUGCAGUCCUGCUCAGUAUGGUUGCAUCCAAAAAAGCUGCGGUUUUAAAAGGGGAGGGGAGAAGCUCUCGUUACGUUGCACAAGCACCUUCUAACUUUACACAUGAACGAGGAUUACUCUACAUCUUUAAGAAGGAUGCAACUUUUCAGUUGAUGCUCUGGUCAAGGGAUCCCACUACGUGCUGUGAAAAUCAGUGCGUGCUGAACAUUGUCUCGACUUACCUGCCGUUCAAGCAAGUUUGGCUUGAAAGGAACAAAAGCAUGCUGAGUGUUGAAUUGUCGUUGAUGGCCGAGUACAUUUUGAAGCACACGAGCCCACAAGUAAAUAAAGUGGUUGAAGCAGUGGUAACCGUCGCGCUACGCGUUUUUGUGAGAUUCCACCUGGCAUUGGAGGCAAAUGACUCUUUGUCCAGGCCAGAAAGGGACGAUGUGGGACUCCAUGUGGAGGUUGCAGAGUUUUGCUAG